AUGGUUGACAAUGAAGCGAUUUAUACAAUUUGUAAGAAAUAUUUGCAUGUUUCAACGCCAAAUUAUAACAAUUUGAACAGGAUUAUAUCACAGGUACCUAAAUAAUACCUGAAUUCUUCAGAUUAAAUUUUAACUUUUAUUCGGAUUUCCAGGUUGUUUCCUCGAUCACAGCUUCUCUUCGAUUCGAUGGUGCGCUGAAUGUUGAUCUAAAUGAAUUCCAGACAAAUCUAGUUCCAUAUCCCCGUAUUCAUUUCCCAUUAGUCGCUUAUUCUCCCCUUCUUUCUUCUGCAAAUCACGAACUUUUAUCAGUCAAACAAAUCACGGCAUCUUGUUUCGAACCAUCGAAUCAAAUGGUCAAAUGUAAUUCGAAAAAUGGAAAAUAUAUGGCAAUUUGUUUAUUGUAUCGAGGAGAUGUUGUUCCGAAAGAUGUGAAUUCGGCGAUUUCAAACAUCAAGACAAAUCGAAUUGUUCAAUUUGUUGAUUGGUGUCCGACUGGUUUUAAAGUUGGCAUUAAUUAUCAGCCACCAACGAUUGUUCCGCAAUCAGAUAUGGUUAAAGUUCCACGAGCUGUUUGUAUGUUAUCAAAUACAACUGCGAUUGCUGAAGCGUGGCAUCGACUUGAUUAUAAAUUUGAUUUGAUGUAUAACAAAAGAGCAUUUGUUCAUUGGUAAGGGGAAAUUGGGGUACUGUAAAUUUGAACUACAUUAUUGGAAAAACUCGGAAUUUGUGGUUCAGUAGCAUCUAUGAGCUUAAAAAAUAAAGAAAAAAUUCUCAUGUUAAAAAAUCCAAAAGUCAAAUCAAUUUUAACAAGGAAAAAAUUGAUAAUUAAAUUCUUCAAGAAAUUUUCUGAAUUAUUUUUCCGAAAUUCAAAUUUCUGGAGGCACAAUAAUUAAAUCUUUUUAAAAAUUAAUCCUGGAUAAUUUAGGUUUCAAACUGUUUUGAACUAGAAAAUGGUAAUUUUGAAAUGAUUUUCUCCAUAUUCUAUAAAUCAAAAAACUUCAAUCAAAAAUUCUGGAAAUUUUUUUGAAACAUUUUUCUGGGUACACCAAAGUUUCUAACAGAUUUUUUUGGAAAUUGAAAUUCCUGGAGUUUUAGUCAAUAAUUUUCAACAAAGUUUUUUUACAGGUAUGUUGGUGAAGGAAUGGAAGAAGGAGAAUUUUCCGAAGCUCGAGAAGAUAUGGCGGCACUUGAAAAAGAUUAUGAAGAAGUUUCGAGAGAUUCAAACGACGAUGAAGAAGAUGAAUAUUAG